AUGUCUACAGUUGAAGAUUUGACAAGUUUAUUUAGCGGUAUAGGCCUAGAAGAGCCAAAAGUGAAGGAAAUUCUAAAAAACAAGAAGGUUUCCCAGUCCUUGGAAUCUUUGAUCAAGGAUGCUCCAUCCGAUGCUAGUUGGGAUAAAAGCUCUAGAGCACUUGUUCACAAUCUUGCAAGUUCUUUGAAAGGCGUUGAGUUGCCAAAUCAAAAACUAAUAGUAAGAGGUAUUUUAAAUGGUGACUUAAAGACCUCUUUGCAAGUGGAAGCUGCGAUGAAAUAUAUUAAGAAGGUUGGUGAAAAUGCAACUAUUGAAGAAAUGAAUAAAGAGAGUGGUGUUGGAAUUGAAGUCACUGAAGCUCAGGUCACAAACUCUGUAUUAAAAUACCUAGAGGAUCACAAGGAGAAGAUUUUGGCGGAAAGAUACAAGUUGGUUCCAGGUAUUUUUGCUGAAAUUAAGAACAUGGCAGAGUUGAAAUGGGCUGAUCCCCGUCUGUUUAAGCCUACUAUUGAUCGUGAAAUUUUAAAGUUGUUAGGUCCUAAAGAUGAAAGAGACAUCGUAAAAAAGGUGACAAAGAAAAAGGAUUCUAAAACUAAUGAGAAAAACAGCUCUUCUGCUGCACCUAAAAGAACAAUGUUCACGGAAGGAUUCUUGGGAGAUCUUCACAAGGUUGGUGAAAAUCCCCAGGCCUAUCCGGAACUAAUGGAGGGACAUUUGAAGGCUACUAGUGGCCGCGUGCAUACUCGAUUCCCACCGGAACCAAACGGGUAUUUGCAUAUUGGUCAUUCUAAGGCCAUCAUGGUUAAUUUUGGUUACGCCAGACACCACAAUGGUGUAUGUUAUCUAAGAUUUGAUGAUACUAAUCCAGAAGCUGAAGCUCCUGAGUAUUUUGAGAGCAUUGAAAGAGUUGUUGGAUGGCUAGGUUUUAAGCCAUGGAAAAUUACCUACUCCAGUGAUUAUUUCCAUCAAUUAUAUGAUUUAGCUGAAAUUUUAAUAAAAAACGGUAAGGCUUAUGUAUGUCAUUGUACUGCGGAAGAAAUCAAGCGUGGAAGGGGUAUUAAAGAGGACGGUACUCCUGGUGGUGAACGGAGAGCGUGUGUCCACCGUGAUAGUUCUGUUGAACUGACCCUCUCUAAGUUUAGAGAUAUGAAAAAUGGAGCAUUCAAACCAGGUGAAGCUAUUUUGAGAAUGAAGCAAGAUUUGAACUCCUCAUCUCCUCAAAUGUGGGAUUUAAUCGCAUAUCGUGUUUUAAACGCUGCUCAUCCAAGAACUGGCUCAGAAUGGAAAAUUUACCCUACAUACGAUUUCACCCACUGUUUGGUUGAUUCUAUUGAAAAUAUUACGCACUCGUUGUGUACUUCUGAAUUUUACCUAUCAAGAGAAUCCUAUGAGUGGUUAUGUGACCAAGUUCAUGUAUUUAGACCAGCUCAAAGGGAGUAUGGUAGACUAAAUAUCACAGGAACAGUGUUAUCUAAGAGAAAGAUUGCAAGACUGGUUAAUGAAUCAUAUGUCAGAGGUUGGGACGAUCCACGUUUGUUUACUCUUGAAGCAAUUCGUAGGCGUGGUGUUCCUCCUGGUGCCAUCUUAUCCUUCAUCAACACCUUGGGUGUCACUACCAGUACGACGAAUAUCCAAGUGGUCAGAUUCGAAAGCGCCAUAAGAAAAUACCUAGAAGACACAACUGCCAGACUAAUGUUCAUCUUGGAUCCUAUAGAAGUCAUAGUGGACAAUUUACCUGAUUCUUAUGAGGAAAUGGUCACAAUUCCUUACCGUCCAGGAACACCUGAAUUUGGGGACAGAACAGUUCCAUUUACGAAGGUGUUUUAUAUUGAAAGAUCAGAUUUCUCUGAGAAUUCUGAUGAUAAGGAGUUUUUCAGACUCACACCUUCGCAAUCUGUAGGUUUAAUUAAAGUUCCCUACACUAUUGCUUUCAAGUCCAUGGAGAAGGAUAAAGCCGGUAACAUCUUAAGGAUUCAUGUUGAAUACGAAAAUGAGCCUGUUGAUGGUAAACCAAAGAAGCCAAAGACGUACAUUCAAUGGGUGCCAGUUUCUACCAAAUAUAACUCUCCUUUAAGGGUCGCUGAAACCAGAAUUUAUAACCAAUUAUUUAAUUCAGAAAACCCUAAUGGUGAUCCAGCAGACCUCAACCCUGAUAGUGAAGUCAUAUACAAUAAUGCAGUCAUUGAACACAACCUUGGCCAUGUGAUUAAGAAUUCUCCGUGGGUCAUUAACAGUGCAAAGGAAUCUGAAUUUUACGUUGAGGAACAACAUGGAUCUAAAGAAGUCUGUAGAUUCCAGGCCAUGAGAGUUGGAUACUUCACGUUAGAUAAGGACAGUAAAGGCGAUAGAAUUGUCUUGAACAGAAUUGUGAGUUUAAAAGAUGGCUCAAAGUGA